AUGUAUGUGGGCAACGCUAACUAUUUCAUAGUCUCGCAACGGGGCGUUGUCUUCUUGCGAAAUCAAAACGUCACGCCAAACCAGAUGAAGGAUCUCAUGCUUCGGAUAACGCAGCUUGCAGGAUGCCCUCAAUCAUCUGAUCUCCAUGUCCACCCAUUGACCGAGGAAGGCUCUGAGCUUGGCGACCAAAUCUCUGUCAUCAGCAGUGAAAAGCAAAAGAAGGGCGGAGGACUUACUCAUCAAUUGUCUGAUGUCAGUCGAUUUGCUUCAGCUGGAUGGCAUUCCGACAUAACCUUUGAGCCUGUGCCUUCAGAUUAUGCUAUGCUCAAGAUCCAUACGCUUCCCGCAACAGGCGGUGACACGCUUUGGGCGUCAGGCUAUGAAAUUUACGAUCGCUUAUCGCCAGCGAUGCAGCAAUUUUUGGAGGGCUUGACUGCAACGCACGACGCGAAGUUCUUCCUGGAAGAGGCAGAGCGACUUGGCAACCCGAUCCGAAAGGGCAUUCGAGGCAACCCGCUAAACUUUGGAGAAGCCUUGACAGCUGUCCAUCCAGUCGUGCGCACAAAUCCAGCUGUAACCGGCUGGAAGUCCGUCUACGUCAACAAAGGUUUUACCAAGCGCAUCAACGGCGUCACGAAAGACGAAUCAGACGUUUUGCUCAGCUAUCUAUUCAACUUGCUCACUCAGAACCACGAUGCGCAAGUACGCUUCAAGUGGCGAAAAAAUGAUCUUGCGAUUUGGGACAACCGGAGCACGUGGCAUUGCGCGACUUACGAUUACAACGACCCUCGCGCAGGGGAUCGCGUUUGUAGUCUUGGAGAAGCGCCAUAUUUGGACCUCCAGAGUACAGGAAGACGGGAAGCGUUGGCAUCAAGGGCGAUAUAG